CAUUUGGUGGUUUAAAAUUGUAAAAUUUAUUGAAAAAAUAAAUGAAAAUAAAAUAUAGUUAAUUAUGAUUAAUUUUUUUGAUUUAAUUUAUAAUAAUUUUUUAUAUUUUUAUUGAAUGAUAUGAUGAUAUUUUCCUGGAUUGGCGUAGAACCCACAUGCUAGAACAGUUCUAACCUGUAAUUUAUGUGCUUUCAGUUGAUCCUCCGGUCGAUGUAAGGAAGCGGUUUUUUUCUCUCCCUGCCUACACUCUUCCUCUUUGCGGCCCUUCGAUCUAAUCAUUCGCAGUCGUCCGCUUCUCGGCGCUUUCAACGGAGGAAGACGGGGGAGCUAAAGACGCGUCUAUAAGGUGGCCGGCUCGGCACUGAUCGGCGGAGAAAACCGGCUUCGGAACCACCGCAUUCAGGUUUCAAAGGAUCAUCUGCAUUGAAUUUCUGGAAACUUGCUCAGUUGCUGAAGAGGGAGAAAUACCACUCAGGCAAUCAUGGAUGUUGAUUCACAGCCAACCAUGGAGGAAACUAUCCUAGUUGGCGAUGACCUUAUGCUGGGACCACCUUCACCUCUGAUACCCCCAGAGAUUGCAUCUCAUGUUCUUGAAGGUGUUGAUUUAUGUGAUGGAAUACUGAGGAAUCUCUUCUUGUGCCUGCAAAUCAAUGAUAUUGAGCCAUUUUGCCAAGAUGAGAUCGUUUUGUAUAGACAAUGUGCUGAGAAAAGGGAUCAGGAGCUAAGGCAACGACUUCUGGAUAGUGAGCAUAAGUUGGGAAUGUGUAUGCCUUUGGAGCAAGCAAAAGAAAGAGCUGCACAACUUCAAUCCGAAGUUACAUUACUAGAGAGGCGCAUGAUUCUUGCAAGUGGAAUUGAAGGCAUGGAUGGAUUUCGCCAGAGAUGGAGCUUACAUGGACGCCUUGAGGAUACUAAAAAAAGACUAGAAGCCUUGAACCAGGGAAUGAUGAAGAGGAAAAUUGAAGAGCCGUCAGAAGCAUCUAAGGUAGAACCAAUUAAAA